AUGAAGUCGAAGUCGGAGAAGAUCUCGCUUCUUGGGAAGAAGAAAGGCGCCAAGAGGUCCAAAUCGGCGUCAAAGGGGCUCAAGCUCGCGAAACGGGAGAGCGCCGCCGAUGCUCGUCGCCGAAUCGCCCAGUCCUUUGCCGGCAAUGCUGUCCUGACCGUUCUUCUUAUCACUCUAGUCGUUUUGUUCGUUCUCGUACAGCAAAGAAACCUUGACCUGGAAAAACUUCUGCCGCAUCUUUCAACAAAACCAAGGCCGCCAAUUGAAGGAUUCGAAUCGCAGCUUGCUGAAAUGCUUGAAAAGAAGGAUGAAGUGCAUUUGAUUCAGCGCGACACCCCAAUUUCCUUACCAGAACUCUCGCAAGUCGACUUGGAUACUCUCAAUGCUGCUCCAAAGUCGCUGGUAGCUCCGAAUCCCGGUUUUAUACUUCACAACAAGUUGCCAAAAUGCGGUUCGACCACGAUGCAUAACAUUUUGACGAUGCUUUCUCAGUGGAACAACUACGAACACAUCAAAAUCGACUCGGCAAUGAUGAAGUUCGACGACGAAGAAGGACUUGCCGCCUAUUUGAAGUCGAUUCUCCGGCCCCCGAUGACCGUGAUGAAGCAUCACUAUUUCUUCAAUUUCACCGAGUACGGAAUGGAAGCGCCCACAUGGAUCAACGUCAUGCGCGAGCCCAUCAGCUGGUUUGAGAGUCGAUACUGGUUCAAGCAGAAUGUCAUCUUAGACUGGGGCGAGAACGAAGGAAAACUCCCACGACUUCGAGGACGAGCGGCUCGACAUCGACACCUGCAUCCGUCGAAAGAUGAAGGACUGCACCACCGUCGUUUGGAAAUACACCCGCUUUUUCUGCGGCAACUCCCAAACCUGCAAGGGGAAAGCAGAGGCUACGAAGCCAAGGCUGCGGCCGCUGAAAUCGCGAAGAAGCGAAUCCUGCGUGAUUAUUUCAUCGUUGGAAUUUUGGAACAAUUCGAAGACACUCUUUCGCUCUUUCAAAAGCUCCUCCCGCAGUAUUUCAAAGGAGCAAGAGAAGCAGCGAGAUCCGAGUUUGCCAAGAUAGCGAUGAAUACAACAAGGACGCUGGAUAAGAAACACAUGUCCACCGCCGCGAAGGAGUUUUUGAUGAAAGGGCCGUUGUCGCACGAGAUGGAUUUGUACGUGUUUGCCCGAGCUCUUUUCAACGAAAAACUGCGACUUGCCGGUCUCCAGGCUGAAAACCCGACUCUUUGGGACGCGCAACAUCCUGAACAGGCCAAAGACAAAUUCUCAGAAGAAACGCUUCAAGAGAAAGUCAACGAAGAGAGUGGCACAAAUUCCAGCUGA